AUGCCGUCUCACCACCGCCACGAAGGCCCACUAUCCCUGGUGGCUGCCACCUGUCUCGUGGUCGCUGUGGUGGCACUCCUCUUCCCCGCCUGUGGCGGGGUCCAGCUGUACGGCGGAGGAGUGUCGGAUGGCCUCAACCUGUUCAACCAGAUGACCUACCAGUACCGGUUCUAUAGCGACGUGACGUCGGUGACCUACUACGCGGCCUCGACGGCGGUCGGCGCCGCGAACUACCGCCUCGGCGUGUACGAUUUCAUGGCCGUGGACACCACCCUGCCGGACGACCUUUACCAGGAGGGCUUCAUCCAGCUGCCUCUCAUGGCCAGCUCGCUCGUCAUCUACCACAGCCUCAACAUUUCCAGCACCCUCAUCUUGGACGGGCCGACGCUCGCGGGGAUAUGGCUGGGAAACAUCACGAAUUGGAACGACCCGCAGCUGCAGGAGCUCAACCCCAACUCAACCAUGCCCGACGCCCCCAUCCGCAUGAGUUACUUCUCCGGCAUCAGCUACGGCACCCACGCCACCUUCGUCAAGGCCCUCGCCACCUUUGAUCCCCAGCUGGAGGCCAUCCUGAAGGCGCACAACUACUCCCUCGGCGUUCUGCCCCCGGCAGUGGCCGGGCGGGCCGUUGCUCAAACCUCGGCGGCCACCCUCCUGAGCUUCGUCAAGAACAACGCCAAUGCGUUCUGCUACCUGAACUUGAACGGCGCCAAGGUGGCGAACAUGCCGGUGGCGGCGAUGAAAAACAAGGCCGGCAACAUCGUGUACCCCACCGAGACGACGGUCACGUCGUCCAUGGACGACUUCCGUUACGUGCUCGACGAGGGCGACCUGGCCUACGAUCUGGGUAACGGCGCAGGAAACAAUUCGUGGCCCAUGACCUUCGUCGUGUCCGUGGCCCUCUACAAGAACAUCACCCGCUCCGACUGCUCCUACGUCUCCGAACUUCUGCAGUUCAUCGCCUGGACCCAGGUCAACGAAGAGGUUGCCACGGCCGUCGAUUCGAUCCAGUACGUGCCGCUCACCUUCGGCUACAAGAAGCGCGUGACCGACAUGAUCAGUCAGAUCACGUGCAACGGCAGUCCUGGCCUGUCGGCGGCCUUCCUCGUGGGCAUGGGGCCGUCCUAUCCGAUUUACAACACCUGGUUCCUCAACUACGGCUCCGGUCUUUUCCAGCUCAAGUACUUCAACUCCGAUUCCGCCACCACAGUGUCGGAGAUCCUGGCCAACGAUCUCGACUUUGCGACGCCGAACCAGGGCUUGACCUCGACCCUCCAGGCUUCGAUGCCCGACGUCAAGCCCAUCCCGAGCUUCGCCUUCGCGGUCGUCCCUGAAUUGUACAAAACGACACCGCUCGUCCUCAGCUUCCAAGUCAUUUCCGAGAUCAUGCUGGGCAACAUUGUGAAGUGGAACGACUCCCAGAUUGCGGCGCUCAACCCGAAUAUCUCAAACCUCCUGCCCAAUGCCAACAUCGUGGUGGUGUACAACACCCCCACCGAUCCGAUCACCCUCAUGUGGACCUCGGCGCUGAGCCGCGCGGUCCCGGGCUUCAACUCGGCCGUUGGGCCGCUCUCGCAGUUCACGCCUCUGGUGCCGACCGCCAGUCUGGUGGGCGUCAACGCCACAGUGUCACCCAUGCAGCCCAUGAGCACGACCACCUACACCUUCACCAUGUGGAGCAGCAACGAGCUCCAGGCGCUGCGUAACGUCAAGGUGGCCAGCCUCGAGAAUUGGGCCGGGAACACGGUGGACUUCAGCCUCGGCACAAUCCAGGCCACCCUCGACGACUGGACCGGCGACACCGACAGCACCACCGCCGUCCCCUUCCCCUCCUUGGCCAAGCGCGACACCGUCUCGUCGAACAGCUGGCCGAUGGUGAUGUACAAUCAGAUGUGGGUCUACCAGAGCACGAUGACCAACUGCAACAAGGCCAAGUCCCUGGCCGACUGGCUGUACUGGACGCAGACUGACUCCGAGGCCCUGACCUCGGCCACCAGGAACUACGUCCUGCCGCUGAGCAGCGUGGACCGGUUCAACAAGACCAUCCUGACGCGCAUUGCCAGCAUGACCUGCAACGGCGUCGCCGUGAGCUCGGUCGCUGGCUGCGUGUACCAGGGCAUGGUGUGCGCCGACGCGGGCGCGUGCGUGAAUUCCAAGUGCGUGUGCCACAGCGAUCGCCAGGGCGAGUACUGUCAGACCGCUGUCUCGUCCUCCGACAGCCUGAGCACCGGCGCCAUCCUGGGCAUCGUGCUGGGCGCCUCCAUUCCCGGAGUGAUCAUCCUGGUGUGCCUCAUCGUGCUCGUGGCCGUCGCCAUCUCCACCUUCGCUGCCAGGAGGCGCACGAAGGGCGACUGGGAGAUCGACUACAGCGAACUGGAGAUGGGCGAGCAGCUCGGUACGGGCGGAUACGGAGAGGUCAACAAGGCCAUGUGGAAGGGUACCGAGGUUGCAGUCAAGAUGAUGGUCGCCUCCAGCAUCACCAAGGACAUGGAGCGGGACUUCCGCGAUGAGGUGAGGGUGAUGACCGCGCUCAGGCACCCCAACGUGGUGCUGUUCAUGGCCGCGUGCACCAAGCCGCCCAAGAUGUGCAUCGUCAUGGAGUUCAUGUCUCUCGGCUCGCUCUACGACCUGCUUCACAACGAGCUCAUUCCUGAGAUUCCGUUCCAGCUCAAGGUCAAGACCGCCUACCAGGCCGCCAAGGGCAUGCACUUCCUGCACUCGUCGGGCAUCGUGCACCGCGAUCUCAAGUCGCUCAACCUGCUGCUCGACUCCAAGUGGAAUGUCAAGGUGUCCGACUUUGGGCUCACCAAGUUCCGCUCGGAGAUGAAGAAGGGCCAGGGUGCGGCCGACCACCUGCAGGGCAGCAUCCACUGGACCGCGCCCGAGAUCCUCAACGAGUCGCUCGACUCCGACUUCAUCCUCGCCGACGUCUACAGCUUCGGCAUCAUCCUGUGGGAGAUCCUCACCCGCACCCAGCCCUACGAGGGAAUGAGCCCUGCGGCGAUCGCUGUGGCGGUGAUUCGCGACCAGUUGCGGCCGAAGAUGCCGUCGUCGGUGGUGUCGCUGGACUACGAGGACCUGGUGCGCAGCUGCUGGCACGAGGACCCCACGAUCCGGCCCACGUUCCUCGAGAUCAUGACCCGCCUCACCAGCAUGAGCAACGACAACAGCAGCGGCGGCGGCUUGCAGUCGUCGAGCUACUCGGGCGGGUCCACCAGCGACCUGCCCCUCCAGCACACCGGCUCGUCGGCCUGGAGCCUCAACUCCAACACCACCUCCUCGGCCUCCGACGGCUCCCAUUCAUCGGCCAAGUCCGGCGGGGCCGCAGGCAUCCGCCCGCCCGACGGCGAGGUCACGAUCGUGUUCACGGAUAUUACGCGUGCGGCGUCGUUGUGGGAGUUCAGCCCGAACGCGAUGCGCGACGCGACGCUGCUGCACAACCAGCUUCUGCGCUCGCUGCUGACCGAGCACCGCGGCUACGAGGUCAUCUUCGCCAAGGACCGCAACACGGGCGAGGGCUCGUUCUGCAUCGCCUUCCACACCCCCGCCGAGGCCCUCGAGUGGUGCACGGCCGUGCAGCAGGGCCUGCUCCAGGUCGAGUGGCCCUCUGAGCUCCUCAACCACCCCGGCGCCGCCGAAGAAUGGGCGGAUGUGGGCGACAAGGUGCUGUACAAGGGUCCGCGGGUGCGGAUGGGCGUGCACCUGGGCAAGCCGCACAAGACGCGCGACCCGAUCACCCGCCGGGUGGAGUACUACGGGCCGGUCAUCUUCUCCCACACCGUGUGGCACCGGCUCAACGCCGACGCCGCCGCGCUGGUCAAGGAGGAGCACCGGGUCCUCUCCCUGGGCAAGUUCGACAUGCCCGACGCGCCCCGCGGCGCCAAGCUCUACGAGCUCAAGGUCAAGCACCUCGAGGGCCGGUUCUUCGGCGGCGUGUCGACCGGCGCCGGCGACGUGUCGUCGUCAUCGGGCGCCGGGUCGUCCGAGCACUCGGGCGGCGGCGGCGAUGAGGGAGACAGCGGCGGCAAGCGGUCGGGCAAGAGCGAGGACAGCGACGAGCCGAUGCAGGAGGCGGUGGGCGAGGGGAUGAUGUACAAGGAGGACCACUUCCUGACGUCGGCCAACCUGUGCCGGUGGGUGAUCGACUUCAAGGAGAUCCAGAUGGGCCGGCAGAUCGGGAUGGGGUCGUACGGCGUGGUCUACACGGGCAAGUGGAAGGGCGUCGAGGUGGCGGUCAAGCGGUUCAUCAAGCAGAAGCUCGACGAACGCCGUAUGCUCGAGUUCCGCGCCGAGAUGGCCUUCCUCUCCGAGCUCCACCACCCCAACAUCGUCCUCUUCAUCGGCGCGUGCGUGAAGAUGCCGAAUCUGUGUAUCGUGACCGAGUUCGUGAAGCAGGGCGCGCUGAAGGAGAUCCUGGCGGAUAACUCGAUCAGGCUCGCCUGGGACCAGCGUCUGCGCGGACUGCGAAGCGCCGCGCUGGGCAUCAACUACCUCCACUCGCUCGAGCCGGUGAUCGUGCAUCGCGACUUGAAGCCGUCCAACCUGCUCGUGGACGAGAACUGGAACGUCAAGGUGGCCGACUUCGGCUUCGCGCGGAUCAAGGAGGAGAACGCGACCAUGACCCGCUGCGGCACGCCCUGCUGGACGGCGCCGGAGGUCAUCCGCGGGGAGAAGUACGACGAGCGGGCCGACGUGUACAGCUUCGGCGUGAUCAUGUGGGAGGUGCUGACCCGCAAGCAGCCCUUCGCCGGGCGCAACUUCAUGGGCGUCUCGCUCGACGUGCUCGAGGGCAAGCGCCCGCAGAUCCCCCUGGACUGCCCCGAGAAGUACAAGAAGUUGAUGAAGAAGUGCUGGCACAACAAUCCGGAGAAGAGGCCCCCGAUGGAACUCAUCAUCGAGAGGCUCGACGCCCUGCUUGGCCAGGAAGGUGCCCGCGACGUCUAA